AUGUCCCAGUUCUUGUUUGCCAAUGUAUCCAGCUACGUAUCGACAGAGACCAUGGCCAACUAUGCUAAAUUUGAAGAUAAUUUGAAAUGCAAUACGUUAGUACGGCAAUUGUAUAGUAUUGAAUAUGUGAUGAAAUCAAUUGAUCAAGUACUACUAGAUGAAGAAGUAGAAGAAGAGGAGGACGGACACUUUGAAGAGCAAGAAUAUGAGGAUGACAGUAGCAUAGAAGCCGCUGAAAGUAAACAUGAGAAAGAGGAAGACGGCGUGUCGAUUUAUCAAUUUGAUGUUGGUUCUUGUUUGCAUUAUUCUAAUCCAUCCAUUUCCCAUAUAGCAGCUAACGACUAUUUGUCAUUGAUUACCGAACCUAGAUUUAGAAUAUCCCAAUCAGUGUCUGAUAGGAUUAGGAAUCGAAAUUUGUCUUUACUACGAGUCAAUACAAUAUAA